AUGGCGAUGACAAUGAUGAGGACACCGAUGCACCCGAAGUCCAUGGUGAUGCUGGAGUACAAGGGUGUUGUGGCUAUGGCGAGUGCUGGAACUGGGUGGUCGCGGUCACAGACUGCAGAGGAGAAUGCUAGUCAGCGGAGUGGGAUUCCUGGGGCGAUCACGACGGCGGUACUGUUGCGGAGGGAUCCGGGGAGGCUGUUUACUGGAACCAUUGAGGUUAAAGCUGAGAGGGCGUUACCACCUACUAUUACUACGGUGUUCGAUGCCCAGCAUCUGGAUGCCGUUGAGUUAGAUAAUAUCCCGGCUGUAGUGCUGCAUACGUCUCUGCCAGUCGCGCAAUAG